CUCACUGGCAAAUUACUCGCAUACCUGCCAUAAAUCUGUCAUGCACCUGGACCAGCUUCCGACCGAAAUCUGCAUCCACAUAUUUACUUUCGCUUGUACGGACACGGGAACCACUGGCCGCGCGCUCAGCCGCGUUUCGAAAUACGUUCGCGCAGCCUCGGAGCUUGUCAAACUGCAGACGAUCGCCAUCUUCGGUCAUGAACAGAUGAGAGCUUUUGCGAGGUUGCUGGCUGCCACUCCUGCCCAUCUACGCGGUACCAGGUCUCUCUUCAUCGGUUAUGACCACGGUGGAGACUUGCAACGCUACCAUGCAUUUUGGGCGCCAUGGGAGAAGCUGUCCCAAAGGCGCUCUUGGUUGCAGAUGAUGUCAGUGAAUGAAGAGCGCAGGAUCCAGAUCCGGACACUGACGAUGGAGAUGGACGAAAUGCGGCGCGUUAUCAACCAAAACUUUGAAACCUACUGUACGGAAGGCGCGGCCGCUCUGAUGAGCAUCCUUCGGGAUGUGGCGCCUCAUCUGCAGGUGCUGUGCCUAGAUGUCGACCAAUUCAUCGUGAAGACGAUCGCUGAAUCCAUCGCUCUUCCUCAGCUCGUGCACCUCACGACGCGUUGCGGAUUCCCUCUCGACGCAGACCACAGUGCACCGCCUCUCCUCCAACCGUGUCCCACUCUCCGUCGGCUGCACAUCGUGGAGUACCAGGACCAGUGGUAUUCGAUGCGGGAUUUCCUGGAACAGGGCCGCGGUAUAAGCUGGAUUGCGCCUGCUCUGUCGCAUCUUCAAUUCUCCGGCGUAGGCGAAAGUGAAACUUUGCCAGGCUUGGAUGUUGCCCUCGGUCUCAAAACACAGGUUCUUCCUGUGGCCAUUUACGGCCCAUCCCCGACGCGGCAUGUCAUCCCUUUGCUACCUUCGAGCGUUGAGCAAGUGGCUAUCAGACCCGCUGGUGAAGAUAAAGCUGAUGGACUCUUGCGGACAACAUUGGAGGGCUUGAAAGAUCCUCGCGUUGUUCUUCUGAGCCCCGAAAAACAACCUAUCGUGAAUGCAGUUUUACGAGAUUGGUCAGAACUGACUUCGACGUUGGGUCCAAUUUAGGGGUAUGUACAGGUAGUCACGUAGCGCAGUACGCACACACGUAAUUAUUUCUGUGGAACGCGAGAAUAUCCCACCCUCGUGUUGUUUGGGCGCUUAUUUUACACUCCUUAAACAGCAUGUCUUGAGCUCUAACUAUGACCAUGACCUUCGACAGUGCUCCUGCCCUUUCUCCUGCACUCAAAGGACCCUUGGACGACAUCCUCUCGGGUGGAGGGAGGAUCGUCUCGCACGCAGGUGUCAGUCAGUACGGCUGGGCUGGGCCAUCGGCGUGUGGCUUGGCGAGCAUGAACUUUGCAAGGGUCGUCUUCCAGCGAGCCGAGCUGGGUCUCAGAGAUCGGGGACUGCUUGACGAUAUCGUAUCCCGCAAGACCGUCGAGGAAGCCAUCGGCGUCUGUAAACGAUGGCCCAGCAACCGUCAUCUCGAGGUCGAAGAGAUAUACAAGGUUGCUUUGUUCGACCGAGCCUUGCUACUGUUACAUGAAGCCUCGAUCUAUUCCCAACCCAACUUGGUCCAAUUGAGAGACGUUCUCGUACGAUUGGAAUCCAUCCCGAGCGAGUAUGCCGCGGUGGUAAUUACGCGCCCACCUGAAAUCAUUACCUGCGUCAAAUUACCUCUGCGACUGCCCUCGGGUCCUCCGCGUUGCGUAUUCAUGAUAUUCGACUCUCAUCCUCGACCCGACUAUCGUGAUGGCGCAGGACUUUGCAUAAGCACGUCUAUCGACGUCGCGGCGGCCCGUCUGGACAAAAUUCUCGCCGUCGAUGAUCGCCUCUUUGCAGACGCAACUCUGCAGUGGCAGACUCAGCUGCUGGGCCAUUUCUCCGGCCACUUCUUCAUGCCGAAGGGUCGGACACCGAACAGCGUGGAGGAAUUGACUGAUGCAGUCAUGGAGUCAAGUCUCGCGUCGCUCGGACUUCGAGCGGAGGUGGAAGAGCUCAAAUCCAGAAACAGCACUCUGCGACAGGAGAAAGAGAGUUUGGAGGGCCAGCUCGAGAAAUUGAAGGACAAGUAUCAAGCACUGAAGCGCAGGCGGGAGUCUCCCAGCGCUCAUUCGCCGUCAGCUUCACGUUCACAAUCAUCAUCCCAAUCGCCCGGGCAGUCAGAUGCGCAAUGCCAUUCCCCUGCGAGAAGCAAGUCCUUACCUGUUACUCCAGAUCGAGGAGAUGGCAAGAAUAUGGGCGCAUCGACAUCGCUAGCUCCCACUGCACUGGACUUCUUCCGGAGCCCUUUGCGGAUCUCCAAGGCCUGCACGAUCGAACUUGACCCUCCCAAUGAUAAGACGGAAGCAGCAGAAAUCAAGCCCACAAUUGGGCAGAAGUGUCACACGCGACGUAGUCCGGAUCGCCAGCCGGUUGCGUCAACUUCCAAGGUGAAGCUUGACAGCGAUUACAUGCUUGCAAUGCAGGCGCAAAAGGAGUGGGAUCGUGAGCACGAACAUGCCGUUCUCGCGCAACGUCAAUAUGAAUUGGAGGACGAACGCUUGACCGCGGAACGAAAGGCGCUAGAGAGGGACGCUCAAAUGAUCUUCAAAUGCGCUGUCUGUCUGGAGCAAUAUCCUGAGGACUAUGUCAUUCGCGUGUCUGGGUGUAUGCAUCCGUUCUGUCGAGACUGUCUAAGACAGUUCGUCGCAUCCAAGCUUGACAGCAAGCUGUAUCCCAUCUUCUGCCCGACUUGCAGUAUGGAUCCCAGUACCAACGAGCCCGAGGGUGAGACCAUCUCCCUCGAAGCUCUCUGUGUUCUUCCUUACCGUAUCCUGCUAGUCGUCUCUGAUGAUCUCAUUCAAAUGUUGGGGCUCGAUGAAACUCAGUAUCAGGCAUUGCAAGAGCUUCACAUUUCGGCCAUGUCCAUCCUCAUUCAUUGUCGCAAAUGCAAGGAUUCCAUCUUUGUGGACCGCACCGAAUACAACGCUGCGAAACGCAUCACGUGUCCUCUUCCCCGAUGCAACCACACCUGGUGCAAAGGUUGUAACCAGUCGAUCGCUCUAGGGGGAGCUGAGCAUUCUUGUGACGGCGUGUCCGAGCUCGCCUAUCUGAUGAAGCGCCGAGGAUGGAAACACUGCCCCGGCUGCCAGACUCCGUUCCAGAAAUCCAGUGGCUGCAACCACAUGACGUGCUUGGCUCCCGGGUGCAACACACACUUUUGUUAUGUUUGUGGCGGCUCGAUCAUCCGAUCUGCUGCUGCCCAGCAGAUCCGCGAGGCAGUUUCCCAGCACUAUCGGCAGUGCAGGCUGUUCGAAGAUGUUCCAGAUAUCUGAUUUUCUAUGUUUACCUAUCAAUCUCUUGGUUGUUGAGUGUGAUACCAUGCGUAUAGAUACGUAGGAUCGACCGACAGAUUAGAUUGACAGUCGAUAAGAUACGAUGAGAGUGACUGAGA